UGGACGCUUGGCUCUUAAACUUAUUUCCUGGUGGCUCCUGUGUUUACUAUGGCUGCAUUCAAUAGAUAGUGAAACGAGGCUGUGAUUUCAGCAUGCAAACGAAUCAACAACUGCGUUAAUGAUGGUAAAUGGACAUUUCGCGCUGAUUUACAAAGAGACCGAGAGCGCAAACGAGACUGGACAGGAUUUAUCGGGCUAACCGCCAGAUAGCCAGGUUUACCAUACGUUUGACACAGCUCCAUGUGCGGCCGGACACUGCGCCUUCUUUAGUGUUUGAAACAGCAACGAGUUAAAUAUUCUCAUACCACUGGCGGCGUAUCUCUGCGGGGUCGUAGAACGAAGGGUUGUCCCAGUCGGCUUACUACAUAGGCGAAGUUGAGAACAGCCUAACUACUACCAGACACAGACCUCUACAGCUCAAGUAUGACUGGCUCCGAGAUGGACGUGAACGUCACCUUCGAGAUGAACUCAACCUUCGAUUACGUUGACGACUAUAAGAUGGCAACGUGCGUCCCGGCGCACGAACCGGUCUUCAUCCAGGUCAUGUUUUACGCCGCUCUGGUGCUUGGACCGCUUGGGAACGCAUUGGUUCUGGCUGUUCUCUGGCAGAAAAGACGCAGCUGGAGUGUGACCGACACCUUUGUGCUCAAUCUCGCACUGAUGGACAUUCUGCUGCUGUUGAGUCUGCCGUUUUGGGCAGUGAAUGCUAUUACUGGAUGGACUCUCGGGACCAAAUUUUGCCAGUUUGUUGCUGUCAUGUUUAAGAUGAACAUCUACUUCGGGAUGUUCCUGCUACCCUGCAUCAGCGCCCAUCACUUUCUACUGAUUGUGAGGAACUUCCGCGUGUACUCGCUGGAGAGGUUGUGGGCACCUCACGCCACCUGCCUGGCCGCGUGGCUGGCCUCCUUCCUCCUCUCCAUCGGGGACUGGAUCAAGCUGGAACAAGUCAGGGACCCCGCGUACCUGGACCGGGAGUGGUGCCCUCUUGCCAUAUCCAGGAGUCGUGGAGGCGCCGGUGUAUUCCUUACAGUAGCCGUCAUCGUGGUGGUCGGCUACGCCUUGCUGCUGGUGUAUCUGCAGAGCCGAAACGGAGCCAAGGAUAAGAAGCAGACUAAGAGGCGAAAGGCUGUGUGGCCCAUCCUGGCCCUCACGGCGGUCUUCUUCCUCAGCUGGGCGCCCUACAACAUGGCCCUGGUGGCGGAUCCCCACCCGUCCGGAGCCGACGACUGCCCCGAGAGCCAGCGCACGGCCAAGGAGAUGGCGUUGAUCGCCACGGCCGCCGUGGGCUGCAUGAUGUGCGUCGCCAAGCCUUUCCUCUACCUCCUCCUGACCAGCGUGUUCCGGACGCGGGCGCUGGACCUGCUGAGGUGCCGCAGCAGCCAGCAGACCGAUCACAAGGUCUCGCUGUGGGACUCCGGUGGCGAGGAGGAAAAAGAGGAGGAUGGUGACGCUGCUGAUCAGCAGAGAUUUACACAGAACAAAUGUUAAGACUGUCAGGCAGAGUUUUUUUCAGGGAAAUGAAAUGAAGAGGACACAGAACGGAGCUUUUACAUGUGCACAAAACUUGACCAUAAUGGAGAUGUUUAAAGAUGUCUACAUGUGGAACUUGGGACACAGAGCGGAACUUUAACAUGUGCACAAAAUUUCAGUCAUAAUGGAGAUUUUUAGGGAUGUGUACAUGUGGAACUUUGGCAUUUGGGAUGUCCUCCACAUCACCUGUUGACCUAACAGGCAGGUGGUAUACCUGUUCCUUUCAGUUCCGUGUUGGACAUUCGAGAUCAGCAAACAGCUAUCCAGUAGCAUGCAUGACCUUGUCUAGUUUCAGUUGCAAAGUAAACAAACAAAGCACAACCUGUGGAAAGUCACGAGGUUAGGCAGAGAAAUUAGAACANAGGGAGAAGGGUCAGUCUCAUUGGUUCCCAUUGUAGCCAGUUAGCUUUGCAUGCAUACUGCAGUAACGAGCGUAGGCCAGUCCUUCAUGUGGGAAAAUGUAUGGAAUGGAAAGGGGAACCCAUGCUAAAUACAUUGCUACUGCCAUUUCCAGUCACAAAUAUUAUCAACAAAACAUUCCUGGUAAGCACUAUGACUGUUGUUUAACAAUAGGCUGUAUUGACAAAUCGUUCAGGUGUGUAGUUUUACAGCAGGUUAGAAGAUUUCAACCUGUACUCGCUAGCAUCGUGCAAAUUUUUAUCGGUUUGGCCGCAUAAAAAUUGAGCUUUGUGACCCAGU